GACUCCUUUACAGCGUUUGAGCGUCGACGGUCACUAGACUGUACACCCUGCUCUGCUGGCAUGUCGUCGUCACUCCCACCCGCCUUGUGUGGUCAGCUCGACGUUCUUCUCAUCGACAAUUUUGACUCGUUCACCUGGAAUCUGUAUCAGCAACUGUGUCUCCUUGGUGCAGAUGUUACUGUUAUACGGAACGACGCCAUCUCUCCAGAAGUGUUCCCUGAGCUCAAGCUUAAGUCGUUGAUCAUUUCUCCUGGCCCAGGACAUCCGAAGACUGACUCUGGGAUAUCUCGGGCCGCUAUUGAGUUUUUCAAGGGCAAGGUGCCGGUAUUUGGAGUGUGCAUGGGGUUGGAGUGCAUGGUGGAUCUCCUUGGCGGGGACAUUGCCUAUGCUGGCGAGAUCAUGCAUGGAAAAGUUUCUCGAAUCCUGCACGACGAGCGGGGCUGCUUCAAGGGCAUUCCCCAGGGAAUCAAAUCGACCCGGUACCACUCGCUCAGCGCCGCCCACACGACGCUGCCUCCAGAACUCGCUAUCACCGCCACCACCGACAACUCCGGUGUCAUCAUGGGUGUCCGGCAUCGCCAAUACACCCUUGAAGCCGUGCAGUACCACCCCGAGAGCAUCCUCAGCGAGGGCGGCGACGCGCUCAUGCGCAACUUUCUCACUCUCCGUGGCGGGACAUGGGAAGAGAACCCAGAGAGCCGGGUGAUGGACUCGACGCUGCCGCCGUUCGAGGCAAAGGGCGGGGGAAAGAAGAUCCCGUCGGUGCUGGAGAAGAUCUACCACCAGCGGCUGGCCGACGUCGUGCAGGCGCAGUCCACGCCGGGGUCGACGAUGGCGGACUUGGAGACGCUGUACACGCUCAACGUCGCCCCACCACUUGUCCCGCUCCUCCCACGCCUCGCCUCCCGCCCUGCGCUGUUUGCCGAAGUGAAGCGCGCGUCUCCGUCCAAGGGUCCGAUAGCCCCGACCAUAUCUCCUGCGAGCCAGGCCCUGACGUACGCUUUGGCUGGUGCUCACGUCGUCUCGGUCCUCACUGAGCCAAAGUGGUUUCUUGGGAGUCUACAGGAUAUGCUGCAUGCGCGGCUGAGCGUAGGAACCCUCUCUAAUAGACCUGUCAUACUGCGCAAGGACUUUAUAUUCAGCCGUUACCAGGUGUUAGAGUCACGCAUCUGGGGUGCUGACACUAUCCUGCUCAUCGUGGGGCUCCUCCCCGAGGUCGCGCUGCGUGAUCUUUACGCGUACAGUCUCGAGUUGGGCAUGGAGCCGCUCGUUGAGGUGAACAAUGCAAGAGAGAUGGAGCUCGCGCUGAGCCUCCCUGCCAAGGUCAUCGGAGUGAACAACCGGAAUUUGCACGACUUUCGGGUGGACAUGGAUACAACGACGCGGCUGUCGGAUAUGGCCAAGGGAAAGGGCGUCGUACUGUGUGCGCUGAGCGGGAUUACCGGUCCGGCUGAUGUAAGUCGGUAUGCAGCACAGGGCGUGGAUGGCGUGCUCAUUGGGGAGAGUCUGAUGCGCGCCAAGGACCCCGCCGCAUUCAUCCGCCAAUUGUUCUCGUUACCCCCGCCCCCUCCGCCGCCGACGUCCCCCGCCCCGCCGCUCGUAAAAAUAUGCGGUGUCCGAACCAAGGACGAGGCGCUCGCCAUCGCAGACGCCGGCGCAGACUUGCUCGGCCUCAUGUUUGUCGAGUCAUCCAAGAGACACGUCAGUUUCGACACAGCAAGAGAAAUCUGCGCGUCGGUCCGUGCGCUUAGGUUCUCACAGCCACCCUCCCCUCCUCUUCUGUCAGUAGACAACACUCCAUGGUUCACCUCGCACGCAGCCCGUCUCUCAUCCUUUCCUCUCGUAGUCGGCGUCUUCCAAAACCAGCCCCUAUCUGAGAUAUUGCACGCUGUGAGCGCGUGCCAACUGGAUGUGGUGCAGCUGCAUGGGACGGAGCCUGUCGAGUGGGCGAGGCAGAUUCCUGUACCGGUCAUCAAGGCAUUCCAUAGCGAAGCAGACAUUACACGUGACGGGUACCACCAAUUCAUACUCUUGGAUAGUCUGAGGGACGAUGGCAGUGGGGUGAGCGGUGGCAGUGGCAAGGUCGUUGAUUGGGAAUUUGCAAGGCGGGUCGUGGAUGGGAAAAUAUUUGCUGAGAAUUCCGAAACCGUACCGACUUCUGCAGGUGCUACUAAUGGUACUACAACAAAACCUUCACCUCCACCCCUACCGAUAAUCCUUGCUGGGGGCCUCACUCCCGAGAAUGUAGCGGCUGCCGUCGAGCAAGUGCAACCCUGGGCUGUGGACGUCAGUGGGGGUGUCGAGAUGGAAGACGGCAAGGGAAAGGAUCUGGAGAAGGUUAGGGCAUUCAUACAACAUGCCAAGGGUGUUCAUGAUCAAUAGAAUGGGUUGGCUUUUUAUAUUUAUUCUGCUUGGUUGCGUUCGCAGAAAGUGUAUAUUUUCCAUCUUCCGCCGAGUUAAAAAAUUGGGCUAUCGAGCUACAGGAACGAGUAAUGUAGUCUCGUUUAUGUAAGGGAAUAUAGAUGCAACAUAAUAAUACGUUGGAAUGAGAAGUGACAGCGCAGAAUUUAG